UCCUGCACACACCGUGACCCUGUGACAGACACUUUCUGACGACAUGUCCCGCUGCUCUGCGGGACAAUAACAGACCGGAGGUGUAAAGGGAAAGAGAGAGAGAGAGAGGGAGGAGAAGAAGAAGGAGGAGAAGAAGAAGGAGAAGGUUGUGACAACCAUGUUGGUUUUGUGCCUGAGGCUGCUGCUGCUCCUCCCCCUGGUUUGCUGUGUCUCCUCCCCCUCUCGACCCCCGUCCAGACUCUGCAGACGGUGCUGCGACCACAUCGAGCCGUCACCGGCCACCGGCCAGUACCAGGUGCCAGAGGUCCGCACGGUCAUCAACAUGACCAUCCUCAAAGGGGACAAAGGAGACAGGGGAGAUAAAGGUACACCUGGGAAACCCGGUCUGGAGGGCACCGCCGGCUACCGAGGACCCAUGGGCUCUAAGGGCAGCAAGGGCCAGGCGGGUUCCCCCGGUGACGCCUGCAAGAUCCCUCACUCCUCCUUCUCCGUGGGACGUCGAAAGGCCCUGCACAGCGUGGACUACUACCAGGCGCUGGUGUUCGACACCGUGUUCGUCAACCUGGACGAGCACUUCAACAUGUUCAAGGGCAAGUUCUACUGCUACGUGCCGGGGAUCUACUUGUUCAACAUCAACAUCCACACCUGGAACUUCAAGGAGACCUACCUGCACCUGAUGCACAACGACAAGGAGCAGGUGAUCCUGUACGCGCAGCCCAGCGAGAGGUCCAUCAUGCAGAGUCAGAGCGUGAUGCUGAACCUGGCGCUGAACGACGAGGUGUGGGUACGACUCUACAAGCGGGAGCGGGAGAACGCCGUGUACAGCGACGACGUGGAUGUUUACAUCACCUUCAAUGGAUACCUGGUGGCGCCGAGCAUCCAGUGAAAACGUGGGAAUAACGAGCAGAUUGGCAAAAAGCUCUGGGUCGGAUUAUUUACUCGUUGUUUUUUUUUUUUGGCCGUGGAUUCUAUUUUGUCCCAAGACAGAAGAACUUAACAGGACAUUACAAGUUUGGUGCUUUUUUCCUCUCAGCCUGGAAAGGAACAUACUUAAACAUGGACUUCCCAUAAAACAUAUUAGAAUCAAAAGGAGCAAUAAUUAAGAGAAAAGGUAACGAAGCACACGAUGAGGAAAGAAUGUUGAAUCACUUCCUUACAACUUCCUUACAGAAAUACAAUUUUGUUCAAAGCCCAACAUUUUUCCUCCUUCUGUGCUGAGCUGCUUCUCCUCUUACAUCAGGGACUUUGUGUAAAGUUCUUUCACUUGUCAGGAAUCAUAAAUCUGUGCAAUCGUUUUUAUAUUUGUGCUAAGAUGAGCAGUGAGAUUGAAAUGUGUUUGCAGAGGCUGCUGUCGUACAUGCAGCACGUUUCCUUGGUGCCUUUCAGAAGAACAAUUUAAAGGGUCAGUUCACUCCUCCUCACUUAUCCUGACAGAGUGUGGCCAAGCAAAUAGUUUAAAUUGAUGUUAUAUAAUAAUUUAUCCACUGCAGGAGAUUUUAAAAACGUUCCCUCACAGGCCCACGACCUCAGAGGCUUGUAAAUGAGCUAAUUGGAUGGAAUAUGGUGUCGGAUCAAGUUGAAUUAUUUCUAUAAAUUAGUAUUUGAAACAUAUAAGACAUUAAUGUGGUUUCAAUGACUUUAAAUUUCUCCCUAUGAUAUUUCUAUUAAGUCUUAUGUCGCCCUUGAGUGUCUUUAGCAUCAGAUGCAACGUUUACCUCUAGAACCUGUUCGUUGUCAUGAUGUUCUCGUUCGUCCUCCACGAGCAGAAGGUGAUUUGUUAUUUUUACCAGGGGGGUGGUCCCGGUGGUCUCGAUGCCUGUAAACUCACAAUCAAUGGUAUCUGCUGAGUUUGUGCUGAAUCCUUCCUGCCUGAUGAAGACAGUAAAAUCUUUAUGGAUGGCCACCAACCACCAACCCAUUGAUUAGUGUUGGGUACUUAAGGUCACAGACCAAAUUACGUUAGAACAACAGAGCAUCGAUUCAGGUUAAACUGAUCAGGAAGAGAGCAAGUUAGAUCAUCCGGGUGAGAGACGGAGUCGACUCUAUGAAGAGCGUUAACACGAGCAACGCUACAUUUCUGUAAUUGGAGGAAAUGUGUGUUUACGCUUUUCAAAAAUGGAACCGCACAAAGAAAGUGAAAAAAGAAAACUGGAUCCGUCCUUUGGUCCAGAUCCGUCUCAACGAUGCUGAUCCUGAAUCUCAGACAAAAUCCCCGAUGUAUGAAACUAAAAAACUAAUUUGACAUUGAGACCGUUUCGAAAGUUGCCUUAAAAUAAUUUGGUGCCAUUUUUUGAACUGACCCUUUAAACAUGAACAUUUCCUAACAUAUCAAAAAAUAAUAAAAACAACUGUGGUGCUUUAUUAUCAGAUGCAGAAAUGCAUUAUGGUUCUUGAUGAUGAAAUGUCAUGUAUUGUCACAGACGUCAAACUGCAGAGCAGUGUAUGUAAAUAGUUGUAUGAUAGCUCAUGUCUGUGCGAACACUUAAUGCUGUUGGGGCUGGACUGUGUGUGUUUGUGUUUUUAUUUCUCCUUCACAGAGUCUUUGCUCUGCAUCACUCAACAUCCUCAAGACACUUGAUUAGAAGAAAUUAAAGGUUUUCAUCAUUUUUCAAAGAA